AUGUCGUUCCUUGCACCGUACACGAAUGCCAUGAGGCUUGGACAAGGCUUUAACUCAUACACACAAGAAAUCUGCAUUGAAAACGCCGUCCUCAUCGAGCCCGCCAGAAAGGCCCGCCUCAGCAGCAGCUCCAUCGCCGCCCGACGUUCUAGCCAGCCAGCCAUUUCCCAUUCACCGCUGCACCCAGGAUCCGCCGACACGACACUAAACCCAAAAAGCAGCACCGAAUCACUAGCAUCAGAUGCCUCCCACUCAGUCGCCAUGGUGCGAAAGGUCUCGAGUUCAUCUGCACCCGGAAACUACGCCACCGGUCCCAACACCCUCUCCGUCCCCGCAACAACGGUCCGCCCAGCCGAACUGACCCCGCCACACAAGAACGUCGUUCAAAUCGUCACCUACUCCUCGCGCAUGGUGGACAACGUGUCCGACAUAGUGCAAGCGCUCAACAUCUCGUCGAGCGCGUCGAUCAAAUACGGCACCAUCAAGGGCUCCGGCAGCGCCUCCGUCGUCAACGAGAACAAGGUCAACCAGUCCGACCUCAACUACAUCGUCACCGUCAAAGUGACCAACGAGACCUCCCCGUCGCCGACAAGAUGA